GGAAUUUGACCAAUGCUUAAAAGGAAUUCAACAGUAAAAUUAGCACCUCAACGAUGGCAAGACAAUGCUGCUGAUGGAUCCUCUGACAUUGUUUUUACAUUUGAAGAAAAAGUUUUUGAUAUGGUUGCUGAAGAUCUCCAUAACAGAGAUCAUGUUCCGAUGAAAACUGUAUUAUUGAUUAUAAACGUGGAGGUGAAAGAUAACCACGAUGAGGCUUUCACUGGAGCAAGGCUUACUUUAGACCCUUGCCAAGAUAUUGAAGCAGUUGAAUCACGGGAGGAAUCCAUUGAUGACAUUUUUACGGCUUUCGAGAAACAACACCAGCGAAAGCUGUUGUACAGUGCCUCCUUCUGCUAAAGAAAGAGCCAAAGCGGGUCAUCUCGUUCUCACUGUUUGGCCUUAUGAAAUUUUGCCGUUUUGGAGUUCCCAAUUGCCUAUUCAUUCUCACCGAUCAUGACAUAAACGUGAAGAGAAAUUAAAAUUUUACACUUCUGUAAAUUUGACUUGUAGAUUCAUUUGGAAAGAAAAAUUAAUCUACUGUAUGUGCACUAAAAUUAAAAGGGUUACGUUGCCUACUU